CUUUCUUUCAUCUUUGUCUCAGCAGUUUUCCAGUCACUCAUUUAACACCCUACUUCCUGGAGAGAUGGUAGGAACCGGAGGAAAGCGCAAGGUCGAUCAGGUUGACCUUACGACUAAUGACGGAGAGCAACCUCCCUCAAAAAAUGGCCGUGUACCUUCAUUCAAUGGCCAGCCAAGCUUUGGUAACGGACAGCGUUUUGGCGAGAGCACAGACUUUGUUCCACUGAGUCAAGCCUCUGGGGCUGAUGAAGAAGAUGCCCAAGCUGCCGAUUUGGUACAGGGAAGUCAAGAUAUUGACGAUUCUUCUUACAGCAACUAUUUGGGCUACGGUGAUUUACACACGAAAAUCGUGGGUGUUCGUUUCUACUCUGGUGUCGCCACUUUGGGAGAGCAUGUCAUUUUGAACCGACAGCCUGAAAACCAAUACGACAGAAAUGCGAUUCGAGUCGAUAAUGUUAUGGGCAAUCAGAUUGGCCACAUCCCUCGGCUGGUUGCAGCAAAACUGGCUAGUUACAUGGAUAAUAGAUCUUUGCUCGUCGAGGGCAUUCUGACAGGCGUUAUCGGAGCUUAUGAUUGCCCAAUUGUUCUAAAGCUGUUUGGCCCGAGUGAUUUUCACAAAAGACAGGAGUUGAAAAUGAAAAUGGAAAUGGACAGGCUCCCCGUUAACGAGCUGAAACGUUGGGAGCGCGAGGAAAUUAAACAGAAGAAACAGCGCGAGAAAGAACAGAAAGAUGCAGCCAAAAAGUCCCGCGCCCUUGCACUAGGCCAAGCAAGGCAGUGGGAUGUUGGGCCCAACCCUAAUUUUGCCAACCUUUACACCGGAGAAGGUUCGAAUGAGAGUGAGAGUCUGGAUGAAAUCAUCGGCCAAAGCAGCACUUUCAACCCUCGAGACAUUGGCCAAGUGACGGAAAAUUUUGGCCUUAAUGAAGCAGACUUGGAAAAUAUGCCCAUGGUUGACAGUCCUGCCGCACUUUCCACUCAGCUCCUUCCAUAUCAGCGCCAGGGACUUGCGUGGAUGAUCAAUAAAGAGUCUCCGGAGCUUCCUGGGCCUGGAUCUGAAUCGGUGGUCCAACUUUGGAAGAGAAAAGGAACUAUGUUCACGAACAUUGCUACGAACUUUUCUACGCCCAAACAGCCAGUUCUUGCAAGUGGAGGUAUACUUGCUGAUGACAUGGGACUCGGCAAAACUAUCCAAGUCAUUUCUCUGAUUAUUGUCAACUCCCAACCUAAAACCCCAGAAUCCACCAAGACCACUUUGAUAAUUGCUCCAGUUGGUGUGAUGAGCAACUGGAAAAACCAGAUUGAAGAUCAUACCAACAGUGAGAAUGCUCCACGGGUGCUUAUUUAUCACGGCACAGGGAAGAAAGAAGCCGCCAAUCUUAGCCAAUAUGAUGUUGUGAUAACGAGUUACGGUGCUCUCGCUGUGGAGUAUAACCCAAGCAACAAAAAGGCCCCUAAAAAGGGAUUAUUCUCAGUGCACUGGCGUCGCGUUGUUCUGGAUGAAGGCCAUACCAUCCGUAAUCCACGAUCCAAGGGCGCAUUGGCAGCUUGCAACUUACAAGCAGACUCCCGCUGGGCAUUGACAGGAACUCCGAUUAUCAACUCCCUCAAGGACCUGUAUUCGCAAAUCCGCUUCUUGAGGUUCACGGGUGGCCUUGAAGACAUGGCGGUUUUCAACAGUGUUUUGAUUCGCCCCCUCGCAUCUGACAAUCUUGAAGCUCGACUGCUUCUGGAAGCUCUGAUGGCUACUAUUUGCCUGCGACGUAGAAAGGAUAUGAACUUUAUCAACUUACGUCUGCCGCCAAUCACUUCUCGCGUUCUCCGCGUCAAAUUCCACCCCCACGAACAAGAGAAAUACGACAUGUUCCAAUCGGAAGCGAAAGGGGUUCUUUUGGAUUACAAGUCGAAUGAAAAGGGCGGUACCUCUUACUCUCACCUUUUAGAAGUACUUCUCCGCCUCCGACAAGUGUGUAAUCACUGGGCGCUUUGCAAACACCGGAUUGAUAAACUGGCUGGCCUAUUGGAAACACAGAAAGUUGUUCCUUUAACACCAGAAAACAUCAAGGCCCUCCAGGACACGUUGCAAAUCAGAAUUGAAAGCCAGGAAGUCUGCCCCGUCUGCUUGGACAAUUUGGAGCAACCUGUCAUCACGGCCUGUGGCCAUUCCUUUGACCGGGGCUGUAUUGAACAGGUCAUUGACCGACAGCAUAAAUGCCCCCUUUGUCGUGCUGAGAUUGGCGAUACAUCGACCCUGGUCUCUCCUGCAGUUGAGCUCGGUGAGAGUGCUGAUAAAGUCGAGGCGGACCCGGAAAAUCCCAGCAGCAAAAUCGAGGCUCUCAUCAAGAUUCUGACUGCCCAAGGACAGGCCGCUGACACCAAAACCGUGGUUUUCAGUCAAUGGACCUCAUUUCUUGAUCUUGUGGAACCACACCUCCAGCGCCACGGAAUUGGGUUUGCUCGCAUUGACGGCAGAAUGCCCUCGAUCAAGCGCGACAAUUCGACACAUGCAUUUUCCAAUGACCCCAACUGCAAAGUCCUUCUGGCGAGUUUGAGCGUCUGCAGCGUAGGACUGAAUCUUGUUGCGGCCAACCAGGCUAUCCUUUCGGACAGCUGGUGGGCACCGGCGAUCGAGGACCAGGCCGUUGACCGUGUUUACCGGCUGGGCCAGAAACGGGAGACAACUGUGUGGCGUCUUGUUAUGGAGGGUAGUAUUGAAGACCGUGUUCUGGAUGUUCAAGACACCAAGCGCAAACUGAUGAUGGCAGCAUUCCGCGAGACCAACACGAAGAAGAAAGUCGAGGAUAGAGCUACUAGAGUUGCUGACCUUGAGCAACUCUUGACUUGAUUGCACUUUAUUAUUUUCUUGUACUGUAUAUUUUCUUUCAUACCCCUAGAUGGUUCGUUUUUACUUCGAUGUUACAUAUUUUAUUUCCGGGAAUAUGGGAUUGUUGACCUUGAUGGAUUUAUUCAGACUUGAUUCGGACUGAUAUUUCGGGGUGUAAUCUAGAUCCAACGGUCAGUGAUGACUGGUUUUUUUCUAUUAUCCAUUUUCGUCAGUUGACGUGGAAUCAUAAACUUCAAUCCAUCAAUCCAAGCUUUGAUGAUCUGCAU